CAGUUUGUGGAAAUUAUAUUGUUCCUUUUAAAAGAGGAAUGAUUUGGUGGUGAUGGAGUGCUGCCACUGACAGAUGGACUCACAGGAAAGAAGCUCGGAAGAGGCAGAAGGAGCCAAAGAGAGAGGCCUGGUCUAUGUCUGGAAGGCUGGUUCCUGCUCUGUUACUCCAGAAAGGCUUCCAGGCCUUAGUGGAAAGACUGUAUUACAGGCAGCCCUUGGAACACAUCAUGGGUUACUUCUAACAGAAGGUGGAGAGGUCUACAGUUUUGGAAAACUUCCCUGGAGAUCAGGACCAGAGGAGUCAUGUGCUAAUAGUCCUAUCUUAGAAAAAACAUUGCUUGGGCAUCGUGUUAUUACAGUGGCAGCUGGCAGCUUCCAUAAUGGAGCCGUGACAGAAAGUGGUGUGGUGUACAUGUGGGGGAACAAUUCUGCUGGCCAGUGUGCAGUUGCUGAUCAGCCAUGUGUGCCAGAGCCACAGCCCAUCAGUAUUUCUGAUUCGGAAACCAGUCCUCUGUUGUCAGUAAGGAUUUUGCAGCUAGCAUGUGGAGAGGAGCACACGCUGGCACUAUCACUGAGCAGAGAGAUAUGGGCUUGGGGGAGUGGCUGCCAGCUGGGUCUCAUAACAACAGCUUUCCCAGUGACAAAGCCACAGAAGGUAGAGCACCUGGCAGGACGUGUUGUGCUCCAGAUUGCUUGUGGAGCGUACCACAGCCUGGCUCUGGUACAAUGUCUCCCUGUGCAGGAAAUGAAGCCUAUCCCGGAGAGGUGCAAUCAUUGCAGUCAACUCCUCAUUACCAUGAUGGACAAGGAAGAUCAUGUAAUUAUUUCAGAUAAUCACUGUUGCCCACUGGGUGUAGCACUGUCUGAUAACCAACCAGAAAACCAUGCUUUCUGUCCCACAUUGGAGGCCCUAGAAGGGCAAAGUGUAAGAGGCAGCCAGCAUGAAGACUGUCAGAAACCACUUGUGGAAGAACAUAUGCUUGUUCCUUUAGAAUCGGAUGGAGCAAAUGUGCUUUCCAGCAACGAUGGACAGGAGGACAGUGGAAUUUCUAGUCCUGGAAAUAUUCUUUUCCCAGACAAAAAAGAAGUGAAAGAGUACUUAAUCAGUUUAUCAGAACACUCAUUAAAUGAGAGCCUGGAGAAAAACACAUGUGUGGAACCUGAGCAG